AUGCCACCUCCCGUGAGCCCAGACCUCCCUCCAGCUCAUCUGGUCGAGGAUGGCUGGCACAUUCUCUACAAUCCCUUCAGUGCCACCAUCAAUGUAGACGAAAACCAUCCAGUCAACCCCGUCAAGAUGUUUCUUCUCCGACCUCUCUAUGCGCCUCUUCUGUUUUCCAAUACCUCGUCAGACGCUCGGGAUCAUUGUGCCAACGAAAGGACAUUUUUAUCGUGGCUCCGUCUGUCCAUCUACAUGGCUGUUGUGGCUGUCGCCAUCUUCAUCAACUUCCAUCUGAAGAGCCAACCCACUUCCCUGGAAGAGCGGCUCUCCCACCCGCUCGGAAUCAUCUUUUGGGUCCUUUCGCUUGCGUGUCUGGUGAGCGGAUUGGGCAUCUACAUGCGCACAGUCACAAAAUACGCGAGACGACGGGCCCUGGUCCAGACAGGGAUGAAGACACAAAUUGUCUUUGGGGUAGUCUCGACGGCCAUUAUCGCCGCGUGUGCGUUGUUCCUGGGGGCCGAAGUGCAGGCAUCGAGAGAGCGGCAGGCCGCUUUUGCUGCAAAUGUGAUUCCUGAAUUGAUUUAUGGGGCUGAAAGGCUACACACCAAAACUUCGCAUCCUUCAACCGCAGCCGCAGCCUCAGACAGACGCUCAUCCACGUCCGCGCCGCAUGAGUCCCCUCAAGGCUUCAUCCCCAGGCUUUUCAAGCUGACUUUCAUCCUUCCCUCUACUCCAUCCUUCACUCGUUGUCUCUCUGCUGCCAUGGAUCCCACGGCUUCCAAUGAGUACCCCGCCGAAUCGGCAUACAGCCCUCACAUCGUUAAUGACCAAGAUCAGCCACAAGAAGACACCACCGCAAUCCAGGGCGGCCAUCAAUCUCAGCCUUCCACUGUUACCGCAACUCCGCCGAUGGAUAAUGACUCCAAUCAGAGAUACAACUCUCCCAACCUGUACCAACAGCCGACUUCAAGACCUGGUUCCGGAAUGGGCGGACAUCAACAAACGCAAUAUCAGGAGAACAGACAGUCACAACCUUCCGGCAAAUCCAGCGUUGUCAUCAAAGUGGGCAUGGUUGGGGAUGCUCAAAUAGGAAAGACAAGUCUGAUGGUCAAAUACGUUGAGGGCAGUUGGGAUGAAGACUACAUACAGACAUUGGGUGUCAAUUUCAUGGAAAAGACCAUCUCAAUACGCAAUACCGAAAUUACUUUCUCCAUCUGGGAUCUCGGUGGCCAGCGAGAGUUUGUCAACAUGCUCCCCCUUGUCUGCAACGACGCCGUCGCCAUCCUCUUCAUGUUCGACUUGACACGGAAAUCAACGCUCAACAGCAUAAAAGAGUGGUACAGACAGGGCCGAGGGUUUAAUAAGACUGCCAUCCCCUUCUUGAUCGGGACAAAGUACGACCAUUUCGUUAAUUUCCCCAGGGAGGAUCAAGAGGAGAUCAGCAAUCAGGCCCGAAGAUUCGCGAAAGCCAUGCGUGCAAGUUUGAUCUUCAGCAGCACGAGCCACAGCAUCAAUGUCCAGAAGAUCUUCAAGAUAGUGCUGUCCAAAGCCUUCGAUCUGAAAUGCACCAUCCCCGAGAUCGAGAACGUCGGCGAGCCUUUGCUGCUGUAUCAGUCGGUCAAUUGA